AAUGCAACCUUUGUUAAGGAACAUUCUUACUUUGGUAGUAAUCAUAGUUUUCAUAAGCCAAAUCGAUGCAAUGACAACUCUCGUUGGACGUUACGUAUCCUAUGCUAAAUGUCAAAAACGUAGAUACCAGUGUAAGCCACCCUUAUUCAGAGAUGGAAUUCGUUGCAAAAUUAGUUAUGGCCUAUUUGUUGAUAGCCUUCAGAGCGGGCGUAAUUUUGGCGAGCGAGUGCUCGGGAGGCUGGCGACAUGCUCAACGGCCAAAGACUGUGAUAGAAGAGCAGUUUGUAUGGAAGGAGAAUGCAUUUGUCUGGGAAUGUAUGUAGGAAACGGCAGAACUUGCAAAAAGUCUAGAAGAUUGGUUAGUUGUAAGAAAACGGAAUUUUGCGGAGAUAAAGCAUCGUGUCUGAUUGAUCCUCUGCCUCCUAAAACUCCCAUCUGUAAAUGCUGGCUUGGAUACAAGUUUAACGACAAACAAGUGUGUGUCGCGAUAAAUCAACCAUGUAAAGUGGACAGAGAUUGCACUCCUCAGGCCAAGUGCGAGCAUGGACUAUGCAUUUGUCAAGGAGGACGAAUGGGAGACGGCUACGAAUGCAGAGGUGGCUGGAACUGCUCAGAUUAUUAUUUUGGUUGUAAGAAUGCUUGGUGUUACGUUGAUCCAGAUAUGCCAAGAGAGAAACUCUGCAAAUGCCUACCGAAUCAGGUUCACAAGUUUGCCUCUAAUAAACAAUGUGUCGACUGCGUGACUGACAGGCAUUGCAAAGGGGCUGAACGCUGUGAAGAUUAUAAGUGCAAGAAACCUGAUUUACAUCGGUGUGAUAGAUCUUCGGAUUGCCAUCAACAGGCCGAAUGCCGUCGAGGAAUGUGUCACUGUACUGGACUGACCGCCGGGAAUGGAUUAAACUGCACAGAGUCUUUACCGUGCCCAGUCACACAUGAAUGCGAUGCCAACUCCGUUUGUAUUACACAUCCCAAGUAUCCUUUCAAUCCUUAUUGCAAAUGCAAAGCCCAUUAUGAGAAGUCUAAUGAUGGCGCCUGUGUGGACAUAGACGAAUGUUCUUCAAACCCUUGCCCAGCUAAGCACGUCUGUGUAGACAAGAUAGGCGCCUUUGAAUGUCAUUGUAAAAAAGGAUACAAGAAGGGAGUUGGCGACGAGUGCGUGAAAAUGAAAUGUAAAUGCGGUCCCCAUGGAAGUAAGUGUGAUGAUGACGGAGAGUGUUCUUGUUAUGAUGGAUUUGAAAAAAAUGGAGAAGGAGUAUGUAAAAAAAUGAAAUGUAAAUGCGGUCCCCAUGGAAGUAAGUGUGAUGGUGACGGAGAGUGUUCUUGUUAUGACGGAUUUGAAAAAAAUGGAGAAGGAGUAUGUAAAGGGUAA